CUCUUCUUCUCAUUGCGCCUUCGUUUUCUAUUCCCUUGUGAAGAGCAUAAGCCCUAUCUUCCAAGUCCAAUGGCGCCGAAGGUGGGAGGCGGGAGAAUGAGCCGCAACCCAGAUCUCGUUCGCGGCGUCGGUAAGUACUCCCGAUCCAAGAUGUACCACAAGCGUGGUCUCUGGGCUAUAAAGGCCAAGAACGGAGGCGUCUUCCCCCGCCAUGACCCCCAGCCGGCGGCUGCCAACCCGGUACCUGAGAAGUCGCCCAAGUUCUAUCCAGCUGACGACGUAAAGAAGCCGCUCGUCAACAAGCGAAAGCCCAAGCCCACCAAGCUCAGGACGAGUAUUACUCCAGGGACGGUGUUGAUAUUGUUGACUGGGAGGUUCAUGGGGAAGAGAGUAGUUUUUCUCAAACAACUUUCAUCUGGGUUGCUUCUUGUUACUGGGCCAUUCAAGAUCAAUGGUGUUCCCUUAAGACGAGUGAACCAAUCUUAUGUUAUUGCAACUGCCACCAAGGUUGACGUUUCUGGGGUCAAUUUAGAAAAGUUUGAUGAUGGUUACUUCGCAAAGGAAGCAGACAAGAAGAAUAAGAAAGGAGAGGGAGAGUUCUUUGAGGCUGAGAAAGAGGAAAAGAAGGUACUCCCGCAAGAGAAGAAAGAUGGUCAAAAGCUUGUUGAUACCCUAUUGAUAAAUGCCAUUGAGGGAGUCCCAGACUUGCAGAGCUAUCUGGCUUCAAGAUUUUCUCUCAAGUCAGGCAUGAAGCCUCAUGAGCUAGUGUUUUAGGGGAAGUAUCUCAGUUCUUGUCAUGAGAAUUGUCUAUUCUCGAGUUUUUUUUUUUUUUUGGGACUAUUCUAGAGUUCGUCGAGUAUAUUAUAAGUUGCCAUAUUUUCAAAUUUUAUAGCAGAACCAAAAUUUUGUAUUGACAAAUUUUGCCUUAUGUGAGAAUUUCAUUUUGCCAAUUCGAUUGUCUUCUAAUACCAAUAAUCAAUAUAUUGCCCUGCUUCUUUUGCUA